AUGGAUCGCUUCGAGCAGGAGACCGAGAUCGACGAGGCCACCAAGUCGGAGACCGCUACGGCGCUUGCCAAGUCUCGGCAGUUCCUCACCAACCGACUGCUGCCAGACCUCGAGCGUGCCAAUCGCGACCACCAGAGCCUAGUCGCGCAGAUCGACGAGUACAAGAAGCUUCGAGAAACACUCCGCUCACUCGACACGCAGGAAGAUCGUCUGAACGAUGCAGCAGUCCGCUCCAAGGAUGCCUCGUAUCUGGCAGAUGUCGGUGCAGGUGUAGCAGCUCCGACAAAACUCAUCCAGGACGAAAACCCAUUCAUCUCACUAGGACUUGCCAACUUUUACGCUCAGCUGACCAACAGAGAAGCAAGAGCCUUCAUCACCAAGAAACUCUCCUUGCUCGAAACAAAACGCGAUCGUGCAAUCGACAAGCUCGCCCAGAUCGAGGCACACAUCCACCUCACAUCUACGUCCAUCACACAGCUCGACAACUUGCAUCGCGGCGGCUCAAUCGUCGACGACGUGUAG